UCAAUUAUAUUGGAAAGUGCAGUGUGUUCUGUGUUGUGUUUUGUGUGAUUAAUCUUUUUUUUUUUGCACUAAAGAAAGUAUUCAAAUAACCAAUUAUGUCUCUGGAAAAAUACGAAGCAAGUGAAGAAUGGCGCACGAAUUUAAAAAAAUUUCUUUUUAUUGAACGGAAACCUGCCCUCAAAAAAACGGAUAAUAAAGCGGAUGUUUCUACCAGUCGUUAUAGUUUAGAUGUUGGAAAGGAAUUACAAGAUAUAGUAAACUUGCAUAAAAAUCGAAAACAAACUUAUAUGGAAAAUAAAAAUUGUGCUAUAUCACAGAAUAGUUUAUUUUCAAAAGAAGUUAAGUUCAGCAUGAGUAAAUCAAUACAUACCAGCGAUAGAACAUCAUCUGCAAAUGCUGAAGAAAGCUUGGAUAAUAUAUCAGAUGAAAGUUUUGAAACUUUGGAGAAGAUGUGCGAGAAGACGGCAUCCGACCCCAACAGCACUCUAUUUAAUUAUUUGCAGAAAAACUCAAGCAAGGACGCUCGCAAAAAUUCUCCAGUGCGAAAAAUAAAUGACACAUUUGAAGCCUUGGAAAAGAUGUGCGAUAAAACAGCAUCAGACCCCGAUAGUACACUUUUUAAGUAUUUAAAUAGUGACCAUAAGGAUGAAGUUCUUGCUAUAGCUAAAAAACGAAGUGCAGAUAUAGGCGAAAAAAGUUAUAACAAUAAUGCCGUAAAUGAAAUACGGACAAAGUUUGCGGAUUGCACUAUGCUUGAUGAUGUCGAAGCACCAUCCCGUUUGUGGGAAAAUAGUAUUACUGCUGACGCCGGUUUCCAAACAUCACCUGUCAAAAUGAUAGGACUUAUGCGGCCUUCUACCAUAUUGGAAGAGCCGGUUGACGAAUCUGGAACCUCAGAUGUUUCAUCCCAGAACAGUUUUCAAACGGCAUCGACUAAAGCUCCCGCUAGUGACAUAUCAAGUACUUAUGAUACCGCUCGCGAAUCUACUGUUACCAAUGAAUUGUCGAAUCAACUGCCUAAGGGAGUCGAAAUCAAUGUAGACGAUAUAUUGAUGCAAGCAAUUGAGAAGUCGAAAAAUGCAUCGCUACUGCCGCAAAUACAAACAAACCAUUUUGAAUUAGAUGAAAAUCGUUUUGUUGAUUUGGAAAAUACGCUACGACGCCAAGAGAGCUUAGUGAAGGUUGCCAUCCCUGAUGUCGUAGUAAAAAAUGACGAUAAAAGAGAAAAUGAUGUAACUACUAUCAACGACAGUUCAGAAGAUAUAUCCGUUAUUGAUAUACUUUCCGAAGAUGAACAAGAAACACCAAUCAAAUCGAAUAGUGCCAUGCUGGAAAAUGGGGACAAAGAUUACAUAUCAGUGCUGAACUGCAAUGAACUAAACUAUGAAAAUAAAGAGAAUUUUUCGCUAGAUUCUCUAUCGGAACAAUCUAUGAAAUUUAAUGACACAAUGGAAGAAGUAGAAUAUCUUCUUAAAAAGGGAAUCGAAUAUAUGACAGCAAGCGACGAUGCGGAAGGGCGAAAUGUGCAAAGCAAAUAUCCUCAACUAACUUUGGUUGAAAGUUUAAAGGUUCGACAAGGUUCACAAACUGCAAACUUUAGACAAAAUGAUUCUUUAGAUAAUUCCGAGGCUGCAGCAUUUGUAAAAAUACCUCAGGAAAAUAUCCAGCAACAAACUCCUAAUCGAUUUGCCUUCGAUAUGAGACCAUUUCCAAAACUAGACAUAUUUGGCAAACCGCAACAACCAGCCGUUACCAAUCCGCGUCAAAAAGAAUUGAGUAGUAAACAAACAUUUGCUCACAUUGUUAGCCCAAUAGGCACCUACAUGAAAAAAACCGCUUCAACUCCACUUAUGUCGACCAGCAAGGUAAAGAAUAAGAAUUCUAACCUGCUAAAUUCUACGGCUUUCCGUGAACUUGAAUAUGAAUCUCGCUUGUGUCAACCAAAAAUGGUUUCAAUUGCACACAACAAACAAUGUAAUGGGCUCCCAUCACUGCCUGGAUGUUUGGGCAUUCAAAAAACUUUGCCCAAGAAAGCCUACAUCUCAUCUGAGUUAAAACAUAUCGUCGAUGAACGCACUCCUUUCACCAUACCUGGUGGCAAGAAAAUACAAAAGUAUCUUGAAAAUGCAAUGAUGCCUGCUGUCCUUCGACAUGAUGGUAAAAUUAAAAUUCCUAGUGGCAAAAGUACUAUUUGCCCAACUAUGGCAGAACCGUCGUCUAAAGAGCCAAAUUUAACUUCACAACCUCGAAAUACUUCUCAGCGAAAAAAUGCAAGCUUAGCAGAUCUGUCCGUGAUGUCUGGCGAUGUUUCGAUGUAUACCAUUAUGGAUGCCCAAAAAUUUUAAUGUUUAUAUUUGAAGCUAAUUUAUUAAUAUUUUAUUCGCUUUGUAAAGUACUAACACAUUAUAUAUUAAACUUUAAUUAAUUUUCAAUGAAAUAAAAAGGAGUUGGUACACCUUUCUCUUAAA